AUGCUUAAAUACAAAGAUAACAAGUGGAUUGAAGAUGGAGAAGAAAUUAAGACUAUGUUCCAAGUUCAUUUAAAAAAUAUUUUAACUACAAAGCUUAAUAGUUCUGACUGGCUUCACACUUCUUAUAGGUUCCCUAGUUUUGAUAAUAGUGUCACCAGACUUUUAAAGACUGAUUUACAAGAUUUUAAGAUCAAGCAAGCACUUUUUGAUAUGACGGCUUGGAAGUCCCCUGGGCCUAAUGGUUUUUCUACGGGUUUCUAUCAAAACAUAUGGAACCUCACUAGUGAGAACACCAACUCUUUUAUUCAACAACUUUGGCAUAUGAAAGCUUCUCUAGAAGAUAUUAACUUUUCUGAUAUUUGUUUGAUUCCUAAACUUGAGAACCCAACUUGUAACUCAGCUUAG